AUGCUGACCCAGCCCCUGGGCCUGGACGCAGGAAGUGUGAUAAAGGUGUUUGUGCAGGAGAGGCGAGGCAGGGUAAAGUCCAAGUUCCAUGGUGUGGACUCAUGGCGCCAGGACUCAGAGUCUCUGGAAACCCAGCAGAUGCGAGUCUGGAAGCCCCUACCCUUCCUGCUGCUGCUUUCGGGGACACUGACCCUGGCAGUGAACUGGACAGGUUCCCACUCCCUGAGGCUUUUCUACACCGCGACGUCCCGCCCUGGCCUCGGAGACCCCCACUACAUCGCCGUGGGCUACGUGGACGACACGCAGUUCGGGCGGUUCGACAGCGACUCUCCCAGCCAGAGUGCGGAGCCGCGGGCGCCCUGGGCGGGGCAGGUGGGGCAGGAGGACCUGGAUCAGGAGACUCUGAUCCAAAGGAACAAUGCACAGAAGUUCAAAGCGCUCCUGAGGGACCUGCGCAGCCACUACAACCAGAGUGAGGACGGGUCUCACACCUUCCAGAGGAAGUUUGGCUGCGAGUCGGGGACCAACGGGCGCAUCCUCCGCGGGUACAGUCAGUGGGCCUACGACGGUGAGGAUUACCUGGCCCUGAGCGAGGACCUGCGCUCCUGGACGGCGGCGGACACAGUGGCUCAGAUCACCCAGCGCAAGUGGGAGGCCAGCGGUGAGGCGGAGCGCAUCAGGAACCUUGUAGAGGGCAGGUGCCUGGAGUGGCUGCACAGAUUCCUGGAGAUGGGGAAGGAGGUGCUGCAGCGCUCAGUUCCCCCAAGGACAUAUGUGGCCCCCCACCACUCCACCUCUGAGCAUGAGGUCACCCUGAGGUGCUGGGCACUGGGCUUCUACCCUGCAAACAUCAACAUGACCUGGCAGCAAGAUGGGGAGAACCUGACGAACAUAAAACUGGUGGAGACCAUGCCUAGGGGUGAUGGAACCUUCCAGAAGUGGGCGGCUGUGGUGGUGCCUUCUGGAGAGGAGCAGAGAUACACGUGCCAUGUGCAGCACCAGGGGCUGCUGGAGCCCCAAGUCCUGAGUUGGGUGCCCCCUCCUCAGUCCUCCACCAGUCCUCAGUCCUCCACACCCAUCAUUGCUGGACUGGUUCUCCUUGGAGCUGUGCUCACUGGAGCUGCGGUGGCUGCAGCUGUGAUGUGGAGGAAGAAGCACUCAGGUAGACAAGGAGGAAGCUACACUGCAGCUGCAGACAGCAACAGUGUGCAGAGCUCUGAUGUGCCUCACAGCUGCUUAAGUGUGAAAUAACUGCCUUCUGGGGACUGAG